AUGCCCACCAGCACCCCCGACUCCGCCACUGACUCCGCCUCCCCCUCCCCGUUCCUCUCCCCCGCCCAUCCCUCCCCCCACGCCACAUCCGUCCCUUCCCACGGCUCCCCUUCGCCCAUCAAAGCUAAAUUAUCUUCUAAAAUCGCAUCUAAGCCGUCCACUAAACCUGACUCCGCCAAGCCCUCCGCGCAGCCCUCCGCCAGGGCGUCCGCGGAGUCCCCCCGCGAGCGCGCGCGCGCCAGCAGCUCCCUGCACCGCAAGCUGUCGCGCACAAGCAGCGGAGGAGGCGGGGCGGACGGAGGGGAUGCGGGGGGUAGUGCUGGGGGAGUGGGGGGUACUACUGGGGGAGGCGGCACUGGGACAGGCGGCUCUGGGGAAAGCGCUGGGGAUGGGGGCAGCCCGGACCUUUGCUUCGCGAACAGCACUGGUGGUUACCAUGACAGCAGCGGUGACCGUACCAAUAGCGGUGGUAACCGCACUAGCGGCGGUGCGAGUGCAGAUUCUGUAAAGGUCGCUCACAAGGCAGAGAAGGCGGAGAACGCAGACAAGUCAAGCAAGCCAGACAGGCCAAAGAGUGCAGCAGGUAAGCCAGGGGAUCCGGACAAGUCAACCAAGUCAAAGGAUUCAAAGGAGACAAAGGAGUCAACCAGAGGUGAGAAAUCUCGGGCGCUUCACCGCGCUGCCUCCCAGGGGAGGGAGAUUGACCGAGCCAGACUGGGUUGUAGCAGCCCUGAAGCGAAGCUGGGGGGGAGGAGCCACACGGAAGGGAGGGAGGAGACGAAGGAGAGGAUGAUGAGAGAGAGGAAGAAGGGAAGGGGUGGGAGUAUUGGGGGAGGUGAUGAUGUAAGUGGAUUUAGCCCUGAAGCGAAGCUGGGGGGAAGGAGCCAUGCAGAAGGGAGGGAGGGGAUGGGCGAGAGGGUGAAGGGGAGGAUGAGAGAGAGGAGGGGGAGUGUGAGUGAUGUUGACGGUUUGGGUGGAUUUGGCAGUGAGGCAAGGCUGGGAGGGUGGAGUCAAACGGAGGGGAGGGAUGAGACGUUUGAGAGGGCGAAGGAGAGGAGGAGGGAGAAGGAGAGGGAGAAGGAGAGGGAGAAGGAGAGGGAGAAGGAGAGGGAGAAGGGGGCCGUGGAGGGUGUUGGGUCUCCCGGGCACCCCAAGCAGAAGCACCGACCUCCAACAAUUUCCAACCAUCCCCCCGAGCAUGGUCAUCAAAACGAUCGGCCUCAGCAGCAGCAGCAAUCGGGACAUCAGCAGGCUGAGAGCAACAGUGAUGAUCAAGAAGAGGAGCAGGAGCAGGGGCAGGGGCAGGGUGCGCCUCCCUCAAAUGUGCCUCCCUCAAAUGCGCCUCCCUCAGAUGCGCCUCCCUCAGAUGUGCCUCCCUCAGAUGCACCCUGCGAGGAGGACUGGUCCCGCAGCAUCAGCCUCGCCCAUACAAUUGACAACUCCCAUGGCAUCCAUGCAUCUCCGCCCCACUCUGCUUCUCACUCCGCUCAUGCUGCUGCUUCUGCUGCUGAUGCUGGUGAUGAUGCUGGUGAUGAUGCUGGUGAUGAUGAUGGUGUUGACGCUGGCUCUGCUUGCUUCGAUCCGUCCUUUGACUGCCUGCUCGCUCCUCAUGCCGCCGACCCUUCCAGCAUCGGAAAUCGGUCCGAGCUUGAUUCCGAACCACUCUCCAGCUUCCGGCUCGGCCCUGCCGAUCCAGACCUUGCGAGCCCCAGGUUUGGUCCGGUGAAGAAGAAAGAGCGUUUUUCCAGAGCUGAGCAGCAGAGCAUGGAAGGCAGUGCAGCAGUGGCUAAGUCCCAGGAGGAGCAGCCAAGUGUAAGUGCUGCAGCUGAUGUCACACUAGCGCUCUGGUGUUUAAGAGAGUCUCUUAGCAUGCAGCGGCAGAAGGAGGAAGAGGAGAGACUCGCGCGGGAAAACAAGGCCGAACGUGCAGGAGGAGAGGGAGGCAGAGCGGUUGGAGGGGGUGCAGAGGGUGAUGCUGGGGUGCAGGGCAAGGGAGGGGAGGCGGAUCGCAACAGGAGCCCUCUGCGGAGGUUUCUCGGCGCCUUGUCUCUCGACAUAUCAGCAGCUGACGUCCCGGUUGUUGCUGUUGCUCCUGCCGCCUUUGGCGGCCUUUAUGCCAGCGGCUUUCCUGCUGCGAGUGCCUUUCCCGCUGCCAUUGGCUCAAAGGCAGAUGGUCGUAAGCAAGCAACGCUGGGGGAGGCUGAGGAGCAGCGUCUCGUUAUAAGCUCAUGCGCGCUACCGUGCAGUCCAGCCGCUUCGUCCGCUUCGGCUCCUAUUCUUGCAACAUCUGCUGGCGACGCCGCUGGUUCGCGGAACGUUCGUCCUGCAUCCGCCAUCCAUCGCCAGCAAUCCCAUCUGCCACGUGUGCAGACCAAUCGAACGCAAGGACCCCAGCGUCGCGUUUCCAUUGGACACCUUGCCGCGGCGCGGUUCAUCCCGUCGUCUCUACACUCCGGCUCCACCCGUCGCGUACACUGUAACGCAUCUGCUGGUAACGCGGACGGAACCGGGUCGAGUGACGACAAAGGGAAGGGGGAGGGGGGAGAGGCGGCGGGAAAGGAGAGAGGAGGGGAUGUAGAACCUGAAAAGUCGGAUAAGAGGUCGGACGAUGCUGUAUCUGGUGAGGGUAAGGACAAAGCCGCAGAUGUUACUCGCGGGUACGUCACUAGCGAGGAUGAAAGCGCGGACAUUGUGAGCAGCCUGGGGGAUUGGCGUGAAUUCCGCGCGCGACUGAUCCGCGGGGAGGUUGGGGUGGCGGGGGAGGAGCCUGGCGCAUCUGGAUCAACGGACGGUGGAGAUGCGUUGACAGGCAGCACAUCAACGUCUGGAGGCUUGCCAGGCUUGGACGAUGUACCAGCUGCAGGAGCAGUAGCAGCAGCAGGAGAAGUAGGAGAAGCAGCAGGGGAUUCAGAAGGAGGGGAGAGAGAAACCAAUGUGACCUCCCCACUCUCUUCCUCCACCUCUCCCUUCUCCUCUUCCUCCUUUUCCUCCUCUUCCUCGUCCUCCUCUCCCUCCUCCCCCAAGUCAUGGGCUCACCCUAUAGCAGUGCCCGAGACGGGGUGUGUGCUGCUGGCGCAUCCGAGGGCGUUCGGAGUGUCUCAGCAGUACUUCAACCGUGCUGUGAUUUUCCUUCUCAUGCACGGUCCACAAGGCACAGCAGGCGUGAUUCUCAACAGACCCUCACAGUACACGCUCGGGCAGCUCGCAGGCUUCGAGGAGCUCCUGCCGGAAUUUUCAGCCUGCCCGUUAUAUCUGGGCGGCGAUGUUGGCUCAACGUCCACACACUGCCUGCACGGGGUGGCGGAUCUGGUGGGGGGGGAGGGGGGCGCGCGGGAGGUGUGUCCGGGGGUGUACGUGGGGGGGUACUCGCGGAUCAAGGAGCAUGUGGGCAGCGGAAAGAGCAACAGCAUGGACUAUCGAUGGUUCGCCAGAUAUGCCGGCUGGGCACCAGGGCAGUUGGAGCGGGAGGUGGCAGCAGGUGUGUGGUACCUGGGAGCAUGCUCGCCAGACCUCAUUCUCAGGCAUUCCCUGAGAGAAACUGUUGCUGUAGAGAGCGCAGGGGACAGUAGCGAGAUUGACAGUAUUGAGGCCGCGGAGAGGGGGGCAGAUGGGGAGUUGUAG